AUGGCCGAAGCGACAAGGAAGGUGGUCGUUUGCACCCCGGGUGGGCGGGAGCUGGAAGUGGAGAUCAGCAAGGAGGCAACCGUGUGGGCGCUGAAGGAGCAGCUGCAAAAUCAAGUUGGUGGCAGCCUGGCUGGGAUGACCUUGCUGGGGGAGGGCGAGCUCCAGGAUGACUGGAAGCUUGGGGAUGAUGCUGGGACCCUGACACUCGUGAUGUCUUCUUUUCCAACCGGAACCUUUACAUACGACAGUGGCUCACGUGAAUUUGGACCCGCAGGUAUGAACACCAGCGCUACAGUUACAGCAGAGUUUCACAAGGACGGGAGGUUUUGUAUCAAGAUGGAGGAGACCGAAAUAACAUCAGACGAUGAGGACGAUGAGUACGACCCGUACGACAACAGCGCCGCCUGGGACCACGAGUACAGGGGGACCUUUGCCUGCAGUGGACCCAGCAGGCAUGAGCUAAGGUUGUCUGUCUCCGACUGGACUCGGAAAGGCAACUUCGAGAAGCCGUCGCCUGACACCGAGUUGCAUGGGGUCUUCGAAACCUUCGAGGAGCUAAAGCUGCAGCUUCCCUUCGCGGCGGGGGGCUGCAAUGAAGGGACGGCCGGGCUGCGCUGGCUCAGCCUGCAAGCGACCUCCAGCCACAAAAUCUCGAUCUGA